AAUUCCACCUAUGAAGAUUCUAAUUGAACUUACCUAUAAAUAAUCUACACAUCUAACUUAAUAUUUCUUACUACACUCUCAAAUUCUCUCUAAUAAUAUUCUUCACAUCCAUGGCUUCUUUUGCCUCUUCAACAACCAAAAUUUACUGUAAUAAGAUCCUUGCUGACAUGUUUGAUCAUGGCAAACAUGAAUCUUAUUUUGGAUCAAAGUUGAAAAACAAGAAAAAAUUGGACUUGAAAUUAGUUACAAAGGUUGCUAGUCAAUUGCCCGUAAUAGUUCCACCACCAGAUCAAGAGGUGAUUAAUAAGGAGAAGAAGCUCGCAGCAUGGACUAGCGUACGCCAAGAAAGAUGGGAAGGAGAACUCAUCGUUGAAGGCGAGUUACCAUUGUGGCUGAAUGGCACGUACCUAAGAAAUGGUCCAGGACAAUGGCACAUAGGUGACUACAAUUUUCGUCACCUUUUCGAUGGCUACGCUACCUUAGUCCGUCUUCAUUUCGAAAACGGACGAUUAAUAAUGGGUCAUAGACAAAUCGAAUCGGACGCAUAUAAAGCAGCAAAAAGCAGUAACAAAAUAUGUUACCGAGAAUUUUCAGAAGUACCUAAGGCAGACAAUUUCUUAUCCUACAUAGGUGACAUGGCCAAAUUACUCUCCGGGGCAUCCCUAACCGAUAAUGCCAACACUGGAGUCGUUAAACUCGGAGAUGGACGAGUAGUCUGCUUAACUGAGACAAUAAAAGGUUCAAUUGUAAUUGAUCCGAAUACACUUGAUACAAUUGGGAAAUUUGAAUAUAGUGACUCGUUAGGCGGAUUAAUUCAUUCAGCUCAUCCAGUUGUUACAGAUAGGGAGUUUAUAACGUUGAUUCCGGAUUUAAUUAACCCGGGAUAUUUGGUGGUGAGAAUGGAGGCAGGGACAAAUGAGAGGAAGUAUAUAGGAAGAGUGAGUUGUAGAGGAGGACCAGCACCAGGAUGGGUUCAUUCGUUUCCUGUUACAGAAAAUUAUGUUAUUGUGCCUGAGAUGUCACUAAGGUAUUGUGCACAAAAUUUGUUGAAGGCUGAGCCAACACCACUCUAUAAGUUUGAGUGGCAUCCUGAUUCUAAAGCAUUUGUGCAUGUUAUGUGUAAAGCCAGUGGCAACAUUGUUGCGAGUGUAGAAGUGCCAUUAUACGUGACAUUCCACUUCAUCAAUGGAUACGAGGAAAAAGACGAAGAUGGGAGAGUUACUGCUGUUAUUGCAGAUUGCUGUGAGCAUAGCGCCGACACCACCAUCCUUGAUAAGCUCCGCCUUGAGAAUCUUCGCUCCUUCAACGGCAAGGAUGUCUUGCCCGAUGCAAGGGUUGGAAGAUUCAGAAUACCAUUAGAUGGAAGUCCAUAUGGAGAAUUAGAAGCAGCAUUGGACCCAAAUGAACAUGGAAAAGGAAUGGAUAUGUGCAGUAUUAAUCCUGCUUAUUUAGGCAAGAAAUACAGAUAUGCUUAUGCUUGUGGUGCUAAGAGGCCUUGUAAUUUCCCCAACACCCUCACCAAGGUCAGCUUCUUUUUUUUCCUACAAUUGUUAUUGUUUCAUGAUCAAUUAAUUAUAACUGACAAUAUUUUGCAGAUUGAUUUGUUUGAUAAAAAGGCAAAGAAUUGGUAUGAUGAAGGUGCUGUGCCUUCUGAACCAUUCUUUGUGGCUCGACCCGGUGCAACCGAGGAAGAUGAUGGUGUUGUAAUCUCAAUGAUCAGUGACAAGAAUGGAGAAGGAUAUGCUCUAAUACUGGAUGGAUCAACAUUUGAAGAAAUUGCAAGAGCAAAAUUUCCUUAUGGUCUCCCCUAUGGGCUACAUGGUUGUUGGGUUCCAAAGAUAUAGUAUCACCCCACA